CUUUUUUUGGGGCAGGAGAAUGGAAAAUUGAUGUUAAUGUGCGCAUGUCUUCUCGCAGUCAUAUCAACUUUCCAAAGUUUUUCCUUUCAGUGCAACACAAUAAUUCCUCACAGUUUAACCAUUUGAAAGCUCUUCUAGCAUAUUCUUUGGAAAAUUUUCCUUUGAGGACAAUAUAUUCUCUGUUUGAGAUAAUCAGUAGAAGUGAAAGUGUUUAAUUGUGUGAUAAAUCGUUCGUGUAAGCACAAGAAAAAUUGUACAUUGUUCCCCAGUGUCUGGGCAGAAAGGGCACAACAAACUAUGAAAGAAAAUCCAGACAAAUUUGGGGAUUUCCCACAGAAAGCCCACUUUAAUAACUAAAGGAUAUUGUUCUAAUUCAACCAAAAAAGAAACCCCAUUCAAUUAAAAAUGAGUUACCUCAGUGAUCUUCGGGAUCAAUACCUUAAUGGUACCGCGAUAGCUCUCUUGGUCUUACUGGUGAUCAUCCUGCUGUAUCUGUUCAGGAAGCAGUGUCUGAGAAACUCCCCCCAUAAAAGCUGGACCCGAAAUUUGCUCAAAACCAAAAAUCUUCUACGACGAAUGAAUCGGAGCCUAUAUGACGAAGGAGUGCAAUCAGAGUCUGAGGAAGCCAUACUAACGCGAUUCAUCCCAGUUCCCAGUGAUCAAGCACCCAAAUAUGCCCAAGUGGCCCCCACAAGUGUCUCAAACAUCAUGUAUCAGGAAACCCUGAGGGGCAAUGUGGCCCUCCAUUCAGUUAUAAUUGCCGGAAAAGAUCCUCUGGAAGUGGCAGAACGUGGAAGGGUAGGGGUUGCAAGCAGUGAGUGUAGUUCUAAUAGUUCAGGUGAUACUUUGCCAGAAAACAGUGUGGUUUACUUGACGGAGGAGCGAAGAGAAUUGCAUCCGUCGGAUGUGCCUUUCACGCGGGAAUUUCAGCAGCAGCGCGAUCGAGAGCGAAGGAAGCACCGAAGGCAUUCCAAUGGCUCAGAGCGCUCAGAGAGACGUUCCUCAAAAUCCCAUCGGUACAGCAAAAGACUACAGGAUAUUACAGAUGUGGAUGAAAUAACCACAGCUGAGCCACCAUCGUACCUCUUUGUGUCACCAUCGCGAGAGCAAUUGUUGGAAGAGAGUAGUUCUCAGUGCAACGAAUCCCUCAAAUCUCCCUCAUCCAUUGGCACUAGCAAACACGAACCCACCGACAAAUUCACCCCAACCACCUCAAGCUAUGGUAGUGUCGAGAUUGCCCUCCUGUAUGAUGCCCCCAUGAGAAAAAUGACUGUUCACGUACUUCAAGCUAGGGAUAUCCCAAUUAGAGGACCUGGUCAGGUCACCUACACCCAAAUACGCUUACUCAUUCUACCCAGCAAGAAGCAGAAGCAUAAGACAAAGAUCCGUACGGGUGAAAAUCCCCAAUUUAUGGAGAGUUUCCUUCUGCAUCGAGUGAAUCCCGAAGAGGUGAAUUCAAUGGGCCUGAGAAUUAGGGUUUACAGCUGUGCUCGGAUGAGACGAGAACAUCUCAUUGGGGAGUCAAUUGUGAAAUUUGGCUCAAUAGAUCUUGAAUAUGAGGCUAAUAUGUGGCUAACAUUGGAGCCCAAAACGCACGUCAAUUUGUCAGGAAGCAACAGUGAUUUGAUCUCCCUGGCAAGAUCAGACAGUAUCAGUUCCACGGCUUCUGUGAAACAUGGAGGAGUACCUGAACUCCUUCUAGGAUUAGCUUACAAUGGAACAACGGGAAGACUUACAACAGAGAUCAUCAAAGGAAUCCACUUCCGACAAAUGAUGAUUAACAAAACCCUAGACACCUAUGUCAAACUCUGCCUGGUCAAUAGCAUUGGACAGGAGAUGAGCAGAGCCAAAUCAUCAAUCAGACGCGCACAACUCAAUCCCCUGUUCAAGGAAACCUUCACUUUUCAGAUCGCCCUAUUCCAGCUCAACGAUGUCACCCUCAUGGUCUCUGUCUAUUCCAAGCGAAAUAUGAAACGCAAUGAGAUGAUCGGCUGGUUCAGCCUGGGACUCAACUCAUCCGGUCCGGAUGAGAUGAACCACUGGAAUGAUAUGCGAGAGAGCGCCAAUGGGGAAGUGAUUGUUCGUUGGCAUGUACUUUUGCAGAAUUAGGGGAUCGUUUUUUGGAAAAUUUGGUAGUAUUAAGGCACUUAAAUCUCCACAAAUCACGUGGUUGAUAGAUUUUGGAACAAUAUAAGUAGUAAACAGAGAUAUUCUCAAGAAAAAUUAUGGAGACUCACCGGCAAAAAGUUCAAGAUGGCUGAGUAGGUGAUGCUUCUGUGAUGUUUGAUUCCAAUCUAAUUUCCUCGUUUUUUUACACUUUUCACACGGUAUUUUAUUAAUUUAAUCUCAAUUGAUAACUUGUGUGUUAAAAUAUCUUGAAAAUAUCUUAUAUUUUGAUAAGAAACACAGCCAAAAUUACACUUUUCACGGAGCGUCCUUCCACUCAACAAAGUAUUUCAACGUGAACUGAGCGAGCUUUCGCUCAAUUCGCCGUAUUUAUCGACGCAAAAGCUUUUCGGAACAAAUUCAAAUUUAAGUUCUAACGAGCAUUACCUAUUUUUGAACGUUUCGUAGAAAAUUAAGAAAGAAAGCCGGGAAAUCCAGGAAAAUCUCUGUUCUACUCAAAUAUCUCUUUGAAUUUGUAAAGAAAUUUUGUAGAAAAUUUGUCCCCUCAGGAAGAAUCUGAGGGAAAAUUGGUCAAUUUUGAUGAUACGAAAAAUUGGAAAAAUAUUUCAGCCUCCUUUUCUCACGUUCGGAAAAGGUAUGGCUCAGGGCUGAAGCAAUUGACUGAAAAAUUGGAAAAUAGGUAGCCAAGACAUAUACCGGAGGCAAAAAUUAUGUAGCGGUUUUUUUUUUAGAAAUUUAUUUUAUGCAUAAGAAUUUUAUUCACAAUUUUUGGACAAAAUUUGAAAGUUAAAAGCUAUGAAGCAUAAGAAAAUCCUCGUAUACUCAUGGGGCUCAUGGGCAUCAUAAAGUUCCCAACGGCUCCAAUGAUUUCUCUCAUUUUUGAAUAUGCUUUCGAGGUAGCCCAGGUGAAUAUUAUGUCUAUGCAUAACUAUAACCGGAAAAUUUGCCAUUUUGAAUUCUUGAAGGUCAAAGUUCAACCCGUUUAACCACUUUGGAGGGUUUAUUUUGCAACUGAUUUGGUUGAAUUUGGAUAUUUUGGAAAGGUCUUGAAAUUUCCAAUCCAUCUGGAUCGGCCUCAAUCGGUAGUAAAUCGGCAAGGUACUCGUGAAAUUGAUAUACAGUAGACUCUCUCUCAAUUGGGCAUUUGGGGCAAAAUGUCAUCCGGUUUAUCGAUAGAUUUGGACGCCAAAGUCUUUGUAAAUUCCCCAAAAAGCGCUAAAUUAUAAAAAUCACGAUAAAAUAGGAAGAACUACGAAUUCUUCAGCGAGAAUUCUACGAAUUCUUAAGCGAAUUAGCUUCAUAAUUAAACGUGAAAAUUGUUAACAAAAUUUUUUGCCCGAUUGAAAAAGAACCGAUUGAGUGAGAGUUUACUGUAGUGUUUUGUAACGGUAAGAGACGUAAAUAUCAAUUUCCAGUCUUCGCUGAUCCCCCAUAAAUCUACAUAGCCUAGGGGAAUUUGUCCUCUUUUUUCGUACCUCUCUAAAUCCGUAUUUUCUAGGUUUUCUUGAAAACGCCUCCAACGAUUUCUAUCAUUUUCGGGUGUUUCGAAGGUAAUCCAAAGGAGAAAGGAGCAUUUCGUUCAUACAAACCUAUAACCUUGAAAAUUCGCCAUUUUGAAUUUUAGAACUGAUAUGCGCCCUAGGAUCAUGCGAAAAAAGAAAUGACAAAGCGUCCGAGGCUUUGCGAGCUGCUUGAACUCUCGAGGAGCUCUGCCUUAUAUUCUUUUUCGAAAAUUUUUCUGGUGCAUAUAAAAUUAUUGUCGAAUUAAAUAUGUCUAAAUCACCACAAAACCUUUUUGAAAUUGAAAAUUGUUCAAGAGGGUUUCAAAAAAAUCAUUAACCUUUUUCUUAAUUAAUUGACCAAAUCGGGUUAAAAUUAGGCCUAUGAUCUUGAAUAAUUCAUGAAAGCGAUUUUUCCGAUGAAAGGUGUCUAGGACGAAAUGUUCGGUUGGACUACAUCCAAAAUAUAUUCAGUAAUGAACGAAAUCGCUAGGGCCAAUUUUGAUAAGUCGAAAAAAUUUCAUUUUUGACUUUUUCAUUUCACUUUUUACUCCAUAUCUUUUGUUACUUUUUGCCCCAAGUGGUAAUU